UAUAAAUCAUAACGGUGACAAAAUGAACGGUAGAGUAGAUAGUCAUUAUUAAUUUAAUAUUAUACUUUGAAGAAACAAUAAUUAUGCUUAAACCACCACAGUUGGAACAAACAACUAACAAUAAUCGACGUCUGUGAAGUUCCCCUCUCCCACUACCGCCGAAUCGCUCCGAACAAAAUGUAAGUUAUAGGCCUUUAAUUAUUUCUAAUUUUUAAAUAAAAGUAAGUUCAUUUCCGGAAUUUGUAAAUAUUAACGCUACUUAAAUAUUAUUAGACGAAUUAGGUUUUUGGUGGCAGCCUCCCCCCAUCAAGGCCAAAUUGUAAAUUAUAACUCUUAAUUUUAAGUAACUCUCGACACUGUAAACACUGUAAACCAAAAUAAUUUUACGAUAUACCUAUCGCGGGCAAAUGUAUAAAAAUAGUAAAAAUAUAGACACGAUACCUAAACAUCGGGCAUUUUAGUUUCGUAAAAAUAAAACUAAUAUACUAAACGGCAUAAAAUAGUCUCUGAUCUUGACGAAGGCGAUUAACGCGACGAUACCUUAAGCCUUAAGGAAAACAAAACAAAAUGUUUUGCAAUUAUGUUUGUUUUUUUUUUUCCGUGAAAAAUUUUUCUACCAAAAAUUUUGCUCCGAUUUUCAAGUAUAGCACUUUUUCUGAAAUGAAAUCUGACUGGGUUAGUACUGUAGGGAAGUCAUUGAUUUUACCAGGAGUUUUCAUGAUAAAUGGGAAAAAAGAGAAAUUUUACGAAAUAUAUAUUAUUUUCAAAUCGCAAAUAUUGCGGCCUUUAAAGACAAAUAUAACCGAACUCUGCUCGGAAUCGUUUUUCGUUAGCAAUGAUUAAUCGUUGCGUACAGAUGUAAAUUAUUUCCACUCUACCUUCCCAACUUCUCGCCUAUAUAACAGUGGCCCACCCAUCGUGCGAAGCAUUUCCGUUUGUUUUUUAAUUUGAUAUAGUUACCGGUUCCUGACUUUUUUUUAUACACGCUUGACGUAUUUGGAAUCGAAGUAGUAGGUAAUCAAGAAACUCCGUAACUUCUUCCGUACAAACCGUCUUUAAAUAUUUCACUUCGUCGUAAACUUUAAUUAUUGGCAAAAAUGGCAACUCGUCAAACAUAUGAGUAGCGAAAAAUGACUUAAUGUAUGAUCUGCUUUAUGUUUGGCUCAUUGUCUUCCAACUUCUUGUAUCUUUAUCAUUUAUUGGGUACAUUUUUUUUCAAAAUGGGUGUUCUUUCUCUGUAUUUGUGUCUCAGGUAAUACUAGGUUACAGAGUUCUUUUAUCCACCAUUGUGUAGAUCAAAUUUUGCGAAAAAUUCACCAAUAGCUAGAAUGAUGUUCAUAGUCAAUAACAAUAAAUCACUCCCUACCAAGACCCCAUCAAUUUUUGUUUGUAAUUAAUAAUGUUGCUAUAUUAUUUAAUUAAUCUGUUAUAUUUCAUACAUAUAUAUAUAUAUGUAUACCUAUUGCCGAAUUCCGAAAAUUGAUAUAAAUAAAAUAUAAUAAAUACCAACAUGAUUUAAAUGAUAUAAAUUUGAUAAAUUUAUUACAAUUGACUACAAAAUCAGACUUAUAUAGGUAUCCGUGCGCAACAGGUAAUCAAGAUUUGUUUUAAGUGCUUAAGUACUUAAAACUAUUUACUAAAAGUCGACGAAUUUAAGUGGUUUUUCUAUAUUAUUAUUUAUAACGUUUAAUAUAAUUUAGACAUUAAGUUAAUAUUAACCAAGUUUUAUAAUAGGUCGUACCCGUAUAGAAACCAGCAAUGGAAAGAGAAAGAGUGGAGGUUAUUAGUCCAUGAACCUUCUUAUCAACAGACGGCACGGUGAUGAUAAUGUACACGACUACAAAUAGAACUACAGAAGUGGACGUACCGGCGUUCAUGACGAUUCUACGAUAUUAGUUCAUUAACAGACAACGGUGUACUUUUAAUAUUAUUGCUAUUGUACCUAUAACUCGAAAUGUUCAAUUCCAUAUUGAAACAGUUCGCCAUUUCCUGUACGAAACAGAUCACUGUACCAUUACAGUUCAGGUAAAUUAAACUUUUGGAGACAAUAACAGUGGGUGCCCCUGUUUUUAUUAUUUGUGAUUUUACCAGAUGUUUGUCUUUGAGCUCGGCCUCUUGCAAAGACAGUGGAAAAGACCAUCUGGAAAGUAACACUAAUGAAGGAUGGCUGAAAAAAUUACUCGUACGGCGAAUAGAACCAACCAAAGAACAACACUCCCGUAUGUUGUCAGAUAAAGAAGUAAUAUAUGAAUUACAAACACACAAUGUACGACCUGAUUCUAUUAAUGAAUAUAUAAAAAACUAGUAAGACAUACUAUUGCACCAGCUGUCCAGCUCAAAUAUGUAUGUUAAUCAUAUUUUGUUUUUAUAUUCAAGUGAACAACUAGUCCAGUUAUGUCAAGAAAUACCUGAUUUAAAAUAUGAACUAGUUGGUUCUUGGUCUGUACAUGUAGGUGAUCUAGAUCAAUAUGUACAUUUGUGGAAACAUCAAGGUGGUUAUGCAGCGAUUGAUAAAACUAAUAGUAUCCUCAAGGAUAACAAAGUUAGUUAUAAUUCAUUUAAGUACCAUAGAUUUAUUAUUAAUUGAUGUACUUAAUUAUUAUUCAAGGAACAUUCACAAUUACGCGUAGAGAGAGGUCGGUUUUUACGGUCGCGACAUUUACAAUAUAUGUUGGCUUUCAGCUUUUGGCCUUCUAUAGAAUUGAAAUCUGGUUCUAAUAUUUAUGAGAUUCGUAGUUAUAGUUUGAAACCAGGCACAAUGAUUGAAUGGGGAAAUAAUUGGGCACGGGCAAUCAAUCACAGACGUUCAAAUGAUGAACCGUUUGCAGGCUUCUUCUCCCAAGUUGGUCGUCUCUACAAUGUUCAUCAUUUUUGGUGUAAGUAUGCAAAGUUUAAAAUAUUUAAUAAAACAAAAUAUAACAAUUUAUGUAAUAUGAUUUAGGUUACAAGAAUUUGGAAGUGCGUACACAAACUAGAGAAGCAGCUUGGAUGUCCCCUGGUUGGGAUGAGUGUGUUGCUUACACAGUGCCACUAAUUAAAGAAAUGCAAUCAAAAAUAUUACAUCCCACUCCGUUUUCACCAACUCAGUAAUAUCUACCUAAUAUUUUCCUUGUUUUUUUUUUUUUUCUAAUAAUAUGUUAUUUUUAAAUAUUUGUUUGUGGUUUUAAUUUAAUUAUUUUCUGUUCUUAUAUUUUGUAAUUCCAAUAAAAUAAUUAUUUAUAUAUAGAGAGAGAUUUUGUUUCAAUUUUAGUUUUUAUAUUAUUUUUAUGACAACAGUGUCAAUUUUAGACAGGGUUUUCAUAAAAACUAUUCAUUUUAAUGGUACCAUAUUGAUUAAUAAAAUUAUUAUCAUUGAAUGAAACUGCAUUUAAUAUUUAUAGUGAAGAACGUUUUAAUAAUAGUAAACUAAUUAUGUUAAAUAUUUUAAUUAAAUAGUAUUUACAAAUAAAUAACUAUCAUGAAUUUUACCUUUGAUAAGAAAUUUAAUGUAAUAUUAGUAUGUCUUUUAUAUUAUUUUAUAAUAAACAGACAAAAUGUCUAGAAUAAAAAAUUCACAUUCUAUUGAGUAUUAUUUGUUUAUGAAAUAAUAUUUAUUAUUUACAAUAUGAUAAUUAUUUUAUAAUCAUUUGUAUCAUUAACUUAAACUAAUUCAAUAAACAAUAUAAAAACAUAUUAUACCUAUUGAUGGACUUCGAUGGAAAAUUUAUCAGUUUACAUAUAACAAAUUAAUUAAUUAUAUUAACAUUUUGUAAUCAUAUUUUUCUAAAUCGUCUGAUUAUUAAACAAAAAUAUUUUGAAAAUAAAAACAAUCAAAAAUUUAAUCAAGGCUUAGAAAUGGAAAUGAUAGUGUUAUUUCUAUAUAUUCAUUAAAGAAUAAAAUCUGUUCUUGUUUUACCAAUUUGUUUCUUGUGAAUGCUGAAUGAAAAUUACAUUUAAUACAUUUAAUUUAUUUAAAAUUGUGUAGACUAUGUGAUCUGAAGUGAUCUUGUAUAUUAACAUAAUUUUAACCCAACUAAAAAUUAAUGUUAAUAACUUAUUUUUUAAGUAUGUUAAAAUAUUUAUUGUUGAAUAUAUCAUUACUAUUAUUCAUUAAAUAAUCUUAAAAUUAUAAUAUUGAUCAUUUUAGGUUUAUUUUUAAGUUUAUCAUAUGUAUUUAAUAAUUGUAUACAUUUUCAAACUAUAUUUCAAUAACAAAACAGAAUAAUUAAGUAUUAAUUUAAAACAUUUAUUAUUAGACUUUACACUUAUUCUAAAUUAAGGAUAUAAUGUGUUUGCUAUUAGUUUAACACAAGUGUUGAUAACAGUUAUCAUAAUAAUUCUUAUUUUGGUCGAUCAUACUCUAAACUUAAAUAAUAUUCCUAUAUGAAUGUAAUUUUGUCUCAUAUUAUAUUACUACAUCACAAUAUUUAAACUACCUACUAAAAAUAAUUAUAUUGAUAACUGUUUAGUGUAGUAAAAGUUGUUAAUUUUUUAAUGUAAAGCAAUUUAAAAAUUGUCACUGUUUUCCUGUUGCCUUUUCAAUUAUUGGAAAAAAAAAAA